CUGAACCCAGUUCACCACCGCACGCCCUAGAGUUAAUAUCGGUGGCGUAAAUCGCGGCACUGGUUUAUAGCUGCUGUCUUUAAUCACAUUUUCAGUCGUAAAAAUGGCCAGCCCGGUGAGAUGUGCAGUGUUUUUGUUAAUAGCGCUGAGUGCAACCAGCCUCUCCGCAAGGGGAGAGAGCACUCCAAGGGAACCAGGCCAACAGCAUCCUCGUUCCGAUCGGCGAGUCUUCCAGAGCGUCCCAAUAUACGAUAAGCAAGAGGAGGAAUCGGAAUACUGGCGCACCGUAGCACAGCGUUCGUUGCAGCAUCAGGCAGCACAUCCGAGGAGCGAACGCAAAGCAAAGAAUGUGGUGUACUUCAUCGGUGAUGGCAUGGGGCUGUCGACGGUCGCCGCCGCCAGGAUGUAUCUGGGCAACGAAAACAUGUACCUUUCGUUCGAAAAGUUCCCGUACUUUGGACUCGCCAAAACGUACUGCGUCAAUCGCCAGGUGGCCGAUUCGGCCUGUACCGCCACCGCCUACCUUUCGGGGGUGAAGAUCAACUACGGUAUGCUGAAUGUGGCGGCCAGCGUGAAACGGUCCAGCUGCGAGUACGAUCGCAAUGCGACCGAGUUUAAGGGUCUGCUCGAGUGGGCACAGCAGGCGGGCAAAGCGACGGGAAUCGUAACGACAACCCGCAUAACGCAUGCCACCCCGGGCGGUACGUACGCUAGCAGCGCUGAUCGUGACUGGGAAGAUGAUACCGAAGUGAAUAACGAUUGUCCGACGACACGGCAGGAGGACAAACCGGUCGAUAUUGCUACCCAGCUCGUGUAUGGUAGCGUUGGAAAGAACCUCAAAGUAGCGCUCGGUUGUGGACGUCGGCAUUUUAUUCCUGCCGACGUGAAGGAUGAGGACGGUAAGGCGGGCAAGCGCUCCGAUGGUGUGAACCUGAUCGAGGCGUGGAAGGAAGUUCAUGCCGACAUCGGUGAGGCACAGUACGUGUCGGACAAGAAGAGUCUGUUGGAGGCGGCCAAGAGCAAGAAGCUGGACUAUCUGCUCGGACUGUUCGACAGCAGCCACUGUUUGUACAAUCUGGAGAUCGACGAUCAGAAGCUGGGUGAUGUGAAACCGAAGCUAACGGAUAUGGUAGACGCGGCACUGUCCAUGCUGGAGGACAGCAAGCAAGGUUACGUACUGUUUGUGGAAGGUGGACUGAUCGAUACGGCACAUCACUCGAACCGACCGCGUCUUUCGCUGGAGGAAACGAUAGAGUUUCACAAAGCGAUCGAACUGGCCCGCACUCGAACGAGCGAGGAGGAUACGCUGAUCGUGGUGUCGUCGGAUCAUAGCCACACGCUGAUGUACAAUGGAUAUCCGACCCGUGGCAACGACAUACUGGGCAUCGGGGACAUCAGCGAUAAGGAUGGUCUACCGUACACCACGCUCAGCUACGCCAACGGUGAAGGGUUCUACCAGACGUACGCCGAUGGCAACCCGUCCAAGCGGCUCGACGUAACCGGGUACGACUUUAGCGACUAUCGACAGCGCUAUCUGGCCACCGUGCCACUAUCAUCGGAAACGCACGGUGGCGAAGACGUCGGCGUGUAUGCAAGCGGCCCCGGUGCCCAUCUGUUCGGUGGCAGCACGGAACAAAACGUGAUACCGCUGCUGAUAGCGUACGCCGCCAACAUUGGCGAUGAGUUCGGGUGGGUGACGAGCACCGUACCGGACGAUGACAAUGCUGCCAGCCUGCAGUCGAUGUCUCAGCUUCUGCCCAUGUGUCUGGCGGUGGUUUGUGCAUUCGCCCGGCAGCUGUACCGGGUGGUGCUGGAGUAUCUUCCUGCUCGUGAGCCUGAUGGUCACUCUAGACGCGGAAAGGAUGGUUCGUUCAAGUCCGGUGCGGCUUCUUCCCGCUCGCAAACCCCCCAGGUGCAAGGUUUCCAGGAACGUGAGCUUGAAACCGACUACUGGCUCGAGCAGGCUCAGCAAACGCUCGCCCAGAAAUUGGCCACCCCGCACAACACGGACCACGCCAAGAACGUGAUCUUCUUCAUCGGUGACGGUAUGUCUUCGCAAACGGUGGCCGCCACGCGCAUGUACCUUGGCAACGAGGCCAACUUCCUAUCGUUCGAGAACUUCAAGGACCUCGGCUCGGUUCGCACGUAUUGCGUCAAUCGACAGGUGUCAGAUUCGUCCUGUACUGCUACCGCCUACCUAUCCGGGGUGAAGAUCAACUACGGCAUGGUAAAUAUUGCGGCCUCUGUUGACCGGUACGCCUGCGAGUACGAUCGCAAUGCGUCCGAUUUCGAGGGACUGCUCAAGUGGGCACAGGAUGCGGGCAAGAGUACGGGCAUCGUCACGACCACGAAGAUUACACACGCAACACCGGCCGGAGCGUACGCGAGCAGUGCAAACAGGUACUGGGAGAAUGACGUCGAGGUAGCAUCGUCCGAUUGUGAUCCGUCCCGUGUGGACGACAUUGCCGAGCAGCUGGUGGAUAAAGAGGUGGCACAGCGGUUCAACGUGGUGCUGGGAGGUGGUCGAGGUAAUCUUCUUCCGAAGGAAACGAUGGAUGAGGAAGGUAAGCCUGGGUACCGCGAGGAUGGUAAGAACUUGAUCGAACAGUGGAAACAAACGCACGAGACGAUGGGACGCUCCCAGUACGUGUGGAACCGGGAGCAGCUGAUGUCGGUCGACACUGCCAACACGGACUAUUUGCUCGGGCUGUUCGAGAGCGGUCACAUGAAGUACAACCUCGAGCUGAAGGAUAAUAGUGAGGCGAGCCGAAUGGAACCGACCCUGGAGGAUAUGACACGGAAGGCGAUCGAGCUGCUGCAGCGGAACAAGAAUGGGUACGUGCUGUUCGUGGAAGGAGGACUGAUCGAUGUAGCUCACCACGAAACCUGGGCUCGGUUGGCGCUGGACGAAACGGCCGAAAUGGCGAAGGCUAUCGAUACGGCGCGCAAAAUGACCAGCGAGCAGGAUACGUUGAUCGUCGUUAGCUCGGAUCAUUCCCACACGAUGACGUACAAUGGAUAUCCGAAACGUGGUAAUGACAUCCUCGGACUUGGUGACAUCAGUGAUGAGGACCUCCUGCCCUACACCACUCUUAGCUACGCCAAUGGGCUGUCGUACUACACGACCUACACCGAGGAAAACCAUGCCAUCCGAGCGGAUCCUUCAAACUACGAUUACAAGCAGACAGAUAUGCGGUACAUGGCAAUGGUACCAAUGGAUGCGGAAACGCACGGUGGCGAUGAUGUUGGGGUCUGGGCGUCGGGCCCAAUGUCGCACCUGUUCCGGGGCGUUUACGAACAGAACACCAUCCCGUACCUGAUCUCGUACAUCGCCCAGAUCGGUGACUAUUACGAAGAGUCCGACUCUGGCGCCGGCCAACCAUUAGCCGUGUGCCUGUCACUCCUUCUAGGCUGUUCCAUUGCCGCGCUAAUGAGGCGAUAAUUAAUCCUCCUGUCCUAUUGGUAACAAUGAUCGGCCAUCUGUCAACGAGGGGGAGUUACCAUUUGAUCGAUGUAAUACAACGACGUAACGUAGCGCCCGCACAGAAGCGUUUGACCAUUGGGGGAAUUCUUUUAGAUUACGCUCGAUAAGGGGGACCACCGGCUUAUCAGAAGUGUUGGGGUUUUUAAUUGUAAAUAGUUGUCUAGGCGUAGGUGUACCGCGUGCCUCAAGGCUCUUGAUGAAGUGAAUAAAUAUAUAUCAGUUAUUGAUACCCUUAA